CCUGUUUCCAUUGUCAUCUAGGUUAGGUCUUUGUCCCAUCGCCAAUUGUAACAGCUUUUUGCCCGCCUCCUGUCUACCAUUUUCCUGAGCAAUGAGCUACGAGCCGCCACCUUAUGCCGGAGGCUAUCAGCCACCUGCUAACCAUGGGGCUCCAUCCGCGGAUCCUUAUGGGCAUCCGCCACCGUCCUACAGCAACUAUGCUGCACCUCCGCCUUACACCUAUCCUCCCCCAUUUUCAGCAGCACCACCGAGCUUUCCGGCUGGCCCCGCGGGUUCGGAGGAAGUUCGGACAAUUUUUGUAACUGGAUUUCCGGCGGAUGUAAAGGAGCGUGAGCUCAAUAAUUUGCUUCGUUUUCUGCCAGGCUAUGAGGCUUCGCAAAUGAACUACAGCAAGGGUGCAGCACAGGGCUUCGCCCUGUUCAACACGGGAGCAAUGGCACGUGCUGCAUGUGACCAGCUCCAGCACGUCAGGUUCGACGAGAACAGCUCGCUUAGAUGCGAGAUGGCCCGCAAAAACAUGUACAUACGGGAUAUGGAGCCAAACAAGCGGUCCAGGCCCAAUGCACCACAGGCUGGAGGCUUCGGAGGCCCCGGCCCCGCAGGUGCAGCUGGAGCCGCACCCGCUUUCGGUCGGCCACAGGCCUCGUAUGGCAGCGCUGGGGCGCGAAGCGGCGGUGAUGGUGGAUCUCGCGACGACAACCCCCCUUGCAACACCCUCUUCGUUGGAAACUUGUCGGAAACAGUGGAUGAAAACGAGUUGCGGAACCUAUUCGGGGGUGCUCCGGGCUUCCGGCAAUUGAAGCUCAUGCGAGGCCCAAAGGCGACGUUGGGCUUUGUGGAGUUCGACGAUGUCCCGACUGCCAUGGCAGCACACGCAGCGCAGCAGGGCGCGGUGCUGGCCAGCAGCGACCGCGGGCCAAUCCGCGUACAGUACUCCAAAAACCCCUUCGGGCGGAAGCGCGAUGUUGACGGCAGAAUGAUUGAGACGCCGAACACGCGGGAGGGCAUCGUUCCGGCAACGGGUGGGGCGACACAGUACGCGGUUACGCAGGGCGGGGCGCAUGGCGACUACGGAGCUUCGGGCAAUUAAAAAUCCCGACGACGCUGGGAUGUGCGGCGCCGCCUGGUAGUGUCAGGAUCAUCGCCUGGUGCGCACUGUGGCAUCAUCCCCACGCGCGCUCACCGCAUCCAUACGAACCAAAUCUCCUCCUCCCAUCCUGCCACUGGCCAACGCACUUUGUGACCGAUGCUUGGCACGACACGGCUGCUGACCCACGGCGCACAACACGACACGUCCUGGCCAUGCUUUUGUUCUACAUUUCACCAUUAUACAUAAAAAGUUUGUUAGGUGUCACCGGGCCCCACGAUGAUUGGAUCACACGCUCGGAGCCAGCACUCGUCAGCAGCACGUCGGGCGGAGCAUGACCUUGGGACACGCGCGCGGAUGUAUGCUCUCUGCGCGGCACGGCACCACAUGGCCUGCAUGUGAAUCUGCACUGGCACGCCAACCCAGCAGUGGCAUAGGGGGCAUUAAUUGCUUUGGGCAUCAUGCAAACGCUGAUGACGAGCAAGUGUGUAACCACUGAUGAUGAUUUGACCGCCGCAAGCUAGUCAGCCCACAAUUCGGCAGUCGCAGGCACGAGCGUCGCAGUGGAUAACGUGCAGGCGCCUGCACACUUCCCUCGCCGCCCGUGGGGCGUAAUCUCACUGGUAUUGUUCCUGUUGUGUAAGCUUGUGCUGGCUAGCGGUUUGUGUGGUGAGCUCUCGUUACCGCACUGCAUUGGAUCUUCUAAUGAUGGCGGAGCGUCAAAGCUAUGGAUGGAGCAGCGCAAGUCGAGUAGAAAAUAAGAAGGGGAGCUCGUUUGUGGAACGUGAAUCUUCUCUAUGUUUAGGAGUUUGCACACCACAUGUAAAAAGAAAACGAAUGGCGUGCAACUUGCCAUACUUCCCAGAGUUCCAGAGCUGGGAGUUUGUCAAAAAUAACUUGUCGAUGGAGGGGUUUAGGGCCCUCCAUGCUACUCCCAUUGUCAAGAUUGCAUGCGAUCAGGGCCUGCACAGUUAACCAUGCCCAUCAGGAGCGAUUGGACUGUAAGCAAUAUUU